CGAAAAUGUGCUUUAAAAUAACGUCUCCCGUGCGAAUAGGGCGAAAGUGUGUAAGGGGAGACGGGAAUCCGUUCCCAAUUUCCACCUACUACCUCCAGCCCCCUUACAUGUCUUUCCCCUGCACGAGGCUCGAGACACCCGCUCCUGGCAUGGCCGGUAAGAGCCGGGCUCCCGCAAAACCUUUGCUAGGUGGGAGCCCUCGUUUUCUGAAAAAACAGGUUGGAACCCUAGAAAAAAAAAACAAAAAAACAAGCAAAAAGAAGAAAGAAAAGGGGUUCCAACCAUCUUCAAGAGGAAAAUCGAGCACCUUGAAAAAAUGUGAGUCCAUGAUCCUUUGUUUUUUAGAGUCUCGUCAUCCACGAUUCAUUUGUCCUCUGUUCACUAUUUGCCAUGAUGCCGACUCGAGACUAGUGCUCUCGCCGAAGAAGCUAUGAGAUGACUUGUGCGUCGGUUGACCUCGUAAGCUGCUAAAUGAUCUAGGAAGUCCUCUACCUACGAUCGAGGUUGUUUGUUGCUAUAGAGGUCUGGAGAGUUGCAUUGGGUUGAGUUAGGUUUUCUUGAGGACAAGCAAACGGUUAAGUGUGGGGGAGUUUUAUAGACCGAUAAUUACACAUGUUUUCACCCAUUUUCUGAAGCCGUUUGGGAUGUGGACUCUCAUGUUUUAAGCCGAUUUCACGCGAGGUUGUACGUUUGUGUCAUAUUUCAGGACUUGGCGGUGGAAUCGAGGCAAAGGAACGAGAUUUGGAUCGAAAGGAGCAAGUAAGGAUGGAGUGUGCUGGAGAG